AUGUCUACCUCAGUGCCAAUCACCCUGUCGGCCGAGGCAAUCGACGACCUGAUCUACGACGCUCGCGCCGGCGACCUCGAAGCCCUGAACGAGGAUGUAGCCAACCUAGCCAACCAGCACAGCUGCAACGAGUCCCAGAUCGUGGCCUCGGCCAUCGACCUCGCAGAGCAGAGCGAGGGCGGCUCAGGGUCCUGCGUGCUGCACUUCCCCGCUGCCAAUGGAAACAUCAAAAUCCUCAAUGCCCUUCUUCAAAAACUCUCCGCCGCAGAUGCCGCCCAGCGCUCGGCACUUGUCAACCACCGUAACUACUCUGGUAACACGCCUCUGCACUGGGCUGCGCUGAACACGCACUUGGAAUGUGUCAAGGCUCUUGUUGGAGCUGGAGCUGAUCUUACCGUUAAGAAUGAUGCCGGUCACGAUGCUGUCUUCCUUGCUGAGCGCAAGGCUUGGGAAGCUCUCGAGAAGGAUGCUCAGGAGGGUGAGGGUCAAGGAGAGGGUGAGGAUCAGGAUCAAGAGAUCGAGAUGACUAUUGGCGGUGAAGAGGGUGAAGGCGAGGUUAAGGAUGCUGGCGAGAUGUCUGCGGGCAGACAGGUUGUUGAGUGGUUGCUUGCAUCUGAUGUCGCUGCUAGUCUUGAGAAGGGAGCCACUGAGGGCUCUGCUUCUGGCGAGCGUAGUGCAUCUGCUUGA